AUGGUCACAACAAGAGGAAUGCGAUGGGCAGUGGAUGUGCCACCACCAAGCGAAUCUGAUCCCACCGCCACUCACGCAGUAGUGACUGUGGCUAAGCCCAUGGUGAAUCAGAAACAACGUGGUAGGCGUCGAAAAGAAAUGCCACCGCCUGAGAUCGUCAACCCCCUUCCUGUGGGCCUGGUGGUUGAGGAACCAAGUGAGCCCCAGGUUGUUUCCUCGGUUCCUGCCCUUGUUUCCCCCAUUCUCGCCCCCAUUUCUCCUAUUCUCGCCUCUGCCGCUGACCCUCCCGUCGUGAGGAAGACCAGAAAGCCGCGCACUAAAGCCAAAGCAAUUGAGGCUGACCAAACAGAGCAGAUCGGCAUUCCAGAGUACACAUUUGCGGUUGCAAAUGCGCGAAUAAUUCAAGAAAUGCCUAAGGCACCCAGCAGUCCUGCCACUUUGGGCGCAGUUAACCCAAAAGAAGUUAUAAAUGUCAAGCACGAGAACAAAAAGCUGCAAGUUGCAGCGAAAGUUUCUGCAGUCAUUCCUGACUCCGACUAUGCGAUGAUGAGUGAACUUGAAGAUCUAUCUAGUGAUGAAUCUGAGAUCACUGGUGCGCUGGGCGCAGACGAUGCUCCGGCGCUAGUCCAAGAGGAGGCAGUUGAAGACUACAUUAUAGACUUCGAAGUUGAGACUGACGAUGUCGUCAAACUUCUUCGACUACCCAUAUCUAUGUCAUGGUGGACAUUCCAGGAUCAGAUUGCCGAGACAAUGGGCUGCCAUGAGACCCGGCUACGCUUGGGCUAUAGGCUCAGCACUGCAAGAGCGGGAGAGAAGGCACACAGCCUCGAGACACUGGACGAGUAUUCCGAAAUGCAACAAGAAAUAGUCUCAGAACGUGAGAAACGGGUGGUCCUCCAGAAAAAGGCGUCCAAGAUGAAGCCUCCGAAGGCGUUGAAAGUGUUGAUUAAGGACAGGCGAAAUAAGGCUGAAAAAAAGACCAUCGCGAAACCAAAAACCGCCUCAAAAACUUCUUGUGCUAAGCUCAACAAUAGUGCCGAUCCAGACUUGGUCGAGUCCACAUCGGCAACAGCUCACUUUGUGGGCAAUUUCCAUCAUAAGUCUGAUAUUGUUCCUCCUGACUCGCUCAAACUUUCAAGUGAGAAUGAUACUCGUCUGCCCAAACCCAGCAAGUCUAAACAAACACCUGGUGCGACAUCCGGUUAUCCUCCACCACCAAUUCCAGGUGCCAUGUGGCCAUAUCCCACAGGAUUUGCGCCGUUCAAUACCACCGUGCCUCAGGCAUAUGCAAGUCACGACGCAGGUGUAAAUCCCGGUGCAAUUCCAAUCCCGCUAAAUUUACGCUACAUGUCAAUUGAAAGACUCCUUGAAGUGCUUGAUGAAGAAGAACUGCCGCCAAAAUCUCACCUCGCGAUGAAGUACAAAGAGCAGUUUGCAUCACACGGCUUUCGCACCAUCUACAAUUUGACUGAUACCGAUUAUCUCAGCCCCAAAGUACUCAGUGAACUCCUUGAGCCUAAACCCCCCUUUGCGACCUGUGUACGCAUUAUAAGGCGUGCGAAGGAUGAAGUACAACACACUCAAGAUGCUUAUUUGUCUGGCGAUAGGUCGGUUCUCAUCUAG